CCGCCACUCCAUCGCACCCCUAACCUUCUUCUUCUCCAUCUCGACGGCGACGGGAGUUCCCUUCUCGACGGCGACGUCCCUUCUCCAUACACACAGUCCGCCUCCAUCGCUUCUCCUCCCCAUCGACGGCGACAUCCCUCUCUCCAUACUCAGGCAAUAUGCUCAACAAUGUGGCUCAAAACCUCUCGUCGUCAAUGCAUGCCUUUUACAGYGAGGCAUUUCUCCAGAGUGUCUCCUCCACCACCUGAUUGUAGUGAAUCUGUUAUCCGAGUAUCUAACAACAUAACUCAUUUGGGUCGUCCUAAAGCUGGCUACAAGCCUCGACAACUCUUAUCCUUGCCCCCAUUCCCAUCUCAUCCUCUACCUGGAAAGAAUGUUUCUCCUGAUUCUCAUACCACUGCUAUUAGCUGGAUGAAGUAUUAUUUCGCUGAUGUGGCCGGCUCUGUGAUUCAGUCCCACUUUAACAAGGGUCUUGUGAGUACAUUUCCUUUUUGAACUUCUCUCUGAUUUCUUUUUCUUUAGCUGAAAUGAUGUUUCUUCUUCGAAGAAAACAGUCCUUCAAAUCAUUUCUCAUCAACCCACUUCACUUUACAUCCAACAAAUCAAAAGGUAUUAUCUUUCCCCCUAAACCCUCUCAAGAACCCCAGUUUAGGGUUUUAUCGUUUCAACCCUUUUCGACCCGAUCCUCCAAAUUCCCCGAAUAUGAAAUGCCAACAGUUACAUGGGGUGUUGUUCAAGGCCGAAAAGAAAAACUUGUAUCUCGGGUAAUAAUCUGUGAUUACUUAAAAUCCAUAGGCAUAAUCCCAGAUGAAUUGGAGGACUUAGAACUACCCUCUACAGUUGAUGUGAUGCGUGAACGUGUUGAGUUCUUGCAAAAGAUCGGGUUAACGAUUGAUGAUAUUAAUGAAUACCCAUUAAUGCUUGGUUGUAGUGUAAGGAAAAAUAUCAUUCCAGUAUUGGGAUAUUUGGAGAAAGUUGGAGUUCAAAGAUCAAGAAUGGGUGAAUUUGUGAAAAAAUAUCCACAAGUUCUUCAUGCUAGUGUAGUUGUGGAGCUUGUGCCAGUGAUUAGGUUUCUUCGUGGAUUAGACGUCGAGCGACAAGAUAUUGGGUAUGUAUUGAUGAAGUACCCUGAGCUAUUAGGGUUCAAAUUAGAAGGAACAAUGAGUACUUCUGUUGCAUAUUUGGUAAGUAUUGGGGUCAAUCCAAGAGAUAUUGGUCCCAUGGUGACUCAAUAUCCAUAUUUUUUAGGGAUGARAGUUGGGACUAUGAUCAAACCUUUGGUUGAGUAUCUAAUUUCUUUAGGUUUACCAAAGAAAGUAUUGGCAAGAAUGUUUGAGAAACGGGCGUAUGUUAUUGGGUAUGAUCUUGAGGAAAUGGUUAGACCAAAUGUGGAUUGUUUGAUCAGCUUUGGGAUUCAAAGGGAAGCACUUGCUUCCAUUAUUGCUCAAUACCCACAAAUUCUUGGGCUCCCUUUGAAGGCUAAGUUAUCAAGCCAACAAUAUUUCUUCAAUUUGAAGCUUAAGAUUGAUCCAGAAGGUUUUGCUCGUGUGAUUGAGAGAAUGCCUCAACUAGUCAGCCUUAGCCAAAAAGUGAUAAUGAAGCCAGUUGAAUUUCUUGUUGGAAGGGGUAUCUCAACCGAAGAUGUGGCUAAGAUGAUUGUGAAAUGCCCACAAUUAGUUGCUUUGCAAGUUGGUAUAAUGAAGAAUAGCUAUUACUUCUUCAAGAGCGAAAUGGGACGGCCAUUGAAAGAGUUGGUAGAGUUUCCUGAAUUCUUCACUUAUGGUCUGGAAUCAAGAAUCAAACCAAGGUACCAAAGAUUACAGCAUAAGGGGAUUAGGAGUUCUUUAUCUUGGUUCUUGAAUUGUAGUGAUCAGAGAUUUGAAGAGAGAUUGUAUGCGGAUUAUAUUGAGACGGAAAUAGAAGGGCCAUCGUUUGUGAUGGGUGGGAAGUUGGAGCUUCCGGGUGAUCAUAAUCAGAUGGUAUCUGAUGAGGAAGAGGAGAGUGAUGACGAAAAACUCUAUAGACGUACGGUUUCUCUUUAGUUAUACAUCUUUGCUACACAAAUGCCUCAAGUUCUUUCUACUUUUAGUUAAACAUUAUCAAUUUUGACAUCCCAUUUCUUCUGGUCUGCUUUAUUUAUUCCAUUUGAUCUCAUAAUUAUCAGCCUGUAGCUUUACUCUUUGAUCUUGUGGUGCCUUUUUGUGUCUAAUGCUUAGAAUUAUUGAAUUUAUAGCAACUUGAAUAGAAGCACUCUCUUCCAAAUUGCACAUUUUGCAUUUGGGGCAAAAUGGACAACUUUUCAACUUGAUAUUUGAUAUGGGUCAUUUAGAUUUCAGUAAAGAUGCUUGCAAAGACUUGGUGGCCUUGGCUAGUUGUUUGGAGCACCCUUGAUCUUUUGUUGCAUGCAUUUGGGUUUUUUAUACCCCUGUUCCAGGAAAGAAGUGCAGUUUGACUUCUUUGAAGGUCAAACACACUAUUAGUUAACUUUAAGAUUUG